UUCUUCGCUCCCGAUUCCUCCUCGAUAUUUCUUCUGGUGGGAGCUCCAAAAGCAAACACUUCCCAGCACAAUGUGGUAGAAGGGGGCCAGGUGCUGCGAUGUAACUGGAAUUCCAACAGGAACUGCCAGCCCAUCAUCUUUGACUCCACAGGCAACAGAGAUUUUGCUCCUGAUGAUCCACUGGAAUUUAAGUCUCAUCAGUGGUUCGGAGCAUCUGUGAGAUCCAAAAAUGAUAAAAUUCUGGCUUGUGCCCCAUUGUAUCACUGGAGAACUGAAACAAAACAAGAGCGAGAGCCUGUGGGAACUUGUUACCUGCUUGCUGGAUCUAAAUCUGUGGAAUAUGCACCCUGCAGGUCAACUAUUAUUGAUGCAGAUGGGCAAGGAUUUUGUCAAGGUGGAUUUAGUAUUGACUUUACAAAGGGAGACAGAGUCCUGCUUGGAGGACCUGGCAGUUUUUACUGGCAAGGCCAGCUCAUUUCUGAUCGAGUGACAGAGAUUGUGGCUAAAUAUGACUCCAAAGUCUACAGUACAAGAUAUGAUGACCAGUUAGCAACCAGACCUGCUAGUGCUGCUUUUGAUGACAGCUACUUGGGUUAUUCUGUGGCUGUUGGAGACUUCAGUGGUGACGGCAUAGAAGACUUCGUAUCAGGAGUCCCAAGAGCAGCAAGAACUCUAGGCAUGGUGUCCAUCUAUAAUGGGAAAAACAUGUCUUCCAUGUACAACUUCACUGGAGAGCAGAUGGCUGCUUAUUUUGGCUAUUCAGUGGCUGCCACAGAUAUCAAUGGGGACGAUUACACAGAUUUGUUUAUUGGAGCCCCACUUUUUAUGGAUCGAGGUUCUGAUGGGAAACUUCAAGAGGUUGGCCAAGUUUCCAUUUGUCUUCAAAGAGCCUCUGGAGGGUUUCAGAUUGCAAAGCUGAAUGGUUUUGAGAUAUUUGCAAGAUUCGGCAGUGCUAUUGCACCCCUGGGUGAUCUAGACCAGGAUGGCUUUAAUGAUAUUGCAGUAGCUGCACCGUACGGUGGAGAGGACAAGCGAGGACUUGUCUAUAUCUACAAUGGAAGAGCAACUGGUUUGAAUGCAGUCCCAUCUCAAAUUCUUGAAGGGCAGUGGGCUGCUCGUACUAUGCCACCCAGUUUUGGGUACUCGCUGAAAGGAGCCACAGACGUGGACAAAAAUGGAUAUCCAGACUUGAUUGUUGGAGCCUUUGGUGUUGAUACAGCUGUUUUGUAUAGGGCCAGACCAGUUAUUAGAGUGAAUGCUGCCCUGGAAGUUAAUCCAACCGUUCUGAACCCGGAAAACAAAGCCUGUUCACUGUCCGAUGUAAAAGUUUCAUGCUUCAAAGUAAAAUUCUGCUUGAAAGCAGAUGGCAAAGGAAAGCUCCCUAAUUCGCUCAAUUUCCAAGUGGAGCUGCUGUUGGAUAAACUGAAGCAAAAAGGAGCUAUAAGGAGAGCUCUCUUUCUUCACAGCAAACAGCCUAGCCACUCGAAGAACAUGACUAUUACAAAGGGAGGCAAAAUGAAUUGUGAAGAACUUGAUGCUUUUCUGAGGGAUGAAUCUGAAUUUAGAGACAAAUUGACUCCCAUUACAAUUUUUAUGGAAUAUCGUCUUGAUUACAAAACAGCUGUAGAUGCAACAGGAUUGCAUCCUAUCCUUAACCAAUUCACUCCUGCUAAUAUGAGCAGACAGGCACACAUUCUGUUGGACUGUGGCGAGGAUAAUAUCUGCAAACCAAAGCUGGAGGUUUCAGUAAAAAGUGAUCAGAAGAAGAUCUACAUUGGCGAUGACAAUCCCUUAACACUGACUGUCAGUGCAGAGAAUCAAGGGGAAGGAGCCUACGAAGCAGAACUCUUUGUCAUUGUUCCUCCUCAAGCAGAUUUCAUUGGUGUUGUUCGAAAUAAUGAGGCUUUAGCAAGACUGUCAUGUGCAUUUAAAACUGAGAAUCAAACUCGCAUGGUGGUUUGUGACCUGGGAAAUCCCAUGAAAGCAGGAACUAAGCUAUUAGCUGGCCUGCGUUUCAGUGUGCACCAGCAAUCUGAAAUGGAUACCUCUGUGAAGUUUGACUUGCAGAUACGAAGUUCCAAUCUGUUUGACAAUCUAAGUCCUGUAGCAUUCUAUCAAGUUGACCUUGCCAUUUCAGCAGCUGUUGAAAUUAGAGGCGUGUCAUCUCCUGAUCACAUAUUCCUUCCUAUUGCAAAUUGGCAGCCCAAGGAGAAUCCAGAAACAGAAGAUGAUAUAGGGCCUUUAGUUCAGCAUAUCUAUGAGCUGAGAAACAACGGCCCAAGUGCUUUCAGCAAGGUGAUGAUGACUCUGCAGUGGCCUUACAAAUACAAAAACUAUACACUGUUGUAUAUUGUUCAGUAUGACAUCGACGGUCCCAUGAACUGCACUUCUGAUAUGGAGAUCAAUCCAUUGAAAAUUAAGAUUUCUACUUCGAAAGAGGAUGAAAAGAAUGAAACAUUUAGCAGGGAAGAUAAUCGCAAUCAUCGUAUCAGUCGGAGAGAUUUAACUGCCAUUGAAGGAGAUGUGCAAACCUUGGGCUGUGGAAAUGCUGAUUGUUUAAAGAUAGUCUGCCAAGUUGGCCACCUGGAGAGGGGGAAGAGUGCAAUACUGUAUUUAAAAUCACGACUUUGGACACAAACUUUCAUGAACAAAGAAAAUCAGAAUCACUCCUAUUCCCUUAAAUCAUCUGCUUCGUUCAAUGUUAUAGAGUUCCCUUAUAAGAACCUUUCUUUUGAAGAUAUUCACAAUUCCACAGUGGUUACUACAAAUAUUACAUGGGGCAUUCAACCACAGCCUAUGCCUGUGCCAGUGUGGGUUAUAAUUUUAGCUGUCCUAGCAGGAUUAUUGCUCUUGGCUGUUCUAGUGCUCGUUAUGUACAGGAUGGGCUUUUUCAAACGUGUGAGACCGCCUCAAGAAGAACAAGAAAGAGAACAGCUGCAACCACAUGAGAACGGGGAAGGAACAUCAGAAGCUUAAGCAGAGUUUUAUCUGUAAGACAUUCUAAAACCUUAAAAUGCCUACAUCUUAGUUACAAAUACAGGUUUCCCCCCUACGGAAAAAAACAGUCACGACUGCAAGGAUGAUGGUGUCAGAAGAUAUCAGCACACACAUAAUAAGAGCAAUAUAUUUAAAUUCUCUUUUUUGUAUUAAUCAUGUCCAUACAUGUGACUAACACGUCUGCACUGAUUUGCGUGUGAAAACUGUUAAGUAAAAUGUAGUGCUAUGAGUUUGCUUAUUGGGAUGCAGGAGACAUGUUUUUAACAGACCGACUUUAUAUGAACUACUACGCAGACUCCUUUUAUUAGGCUGAAGCUAACAGCUUCCAUAGAUACUUGAAAGAUGACAUAUUAUUUCAGUAGUUACUUGUUUUUGUACACUACAAUUUAUUUCCCAGCUCUUGUAAGCUAGUUGCACAAAAAUGACCACGGCUUGUUUUACGAAAUUCAACAACAUUCCUUGACUCAUUAACUCUGCUGGGGAUUUUCCUCUUGCUCAAAAAAUACGAGAUUAUGCAGUGGAAUCCCAGACGUGAUGCCUGUUGUGCACUCUCAUCUGCUCUCCUGUCUAGUUAGUCAUUUGUCUUGAACUUUCCCUCUAGAUGCUACAGAUACUGCUCCAGGCCUGAGGUCCCUUAUGAAAGGGGUUGAGCCCGCACCAUGGGAGGGGUAGAGGGCUGGAGAUGAUGUACUUUCUAUAUGGGACCUAGCAAAAACAUUCAGGGCAAGAUCCAAAGACUGUGCUACGUAUUUCUACGCAGCAAGAUCCACACGUCCCACACUGACUUGGCAGCAUGGUGCCUUUUAAGAAUGACCAGGGACGAGUUUUUGGACCGUGGCUGCCCACAGACACAUCUGAUGAGAAAACCUUUCUCCAAAGAUGCAACCUCCACAGGGUUUGGAGUCUGAGUCUGUAUAUUACUUGGGCUGGGUUACAGUUACUUGCAAAGCAAUGGAGGUUGGUUAUCUGAGUGACAGUUUACCUGAUGCGCCCAGGAGAAGAUGUUAACAAUUCCCACAUUCCAUAGUUGACUACAUCCAAGUGCAGGAUAAUAGUGAUAACAGGGAUGGUUUAAACUACGCCAAAUGUAUCUAGAUUACAUUAGUACAUGAGCCUCACUUUCAUCUACCCCAAGAGAGUAGUGAGAUGGUCAAAUGAAGCAGAGUAUUGCAGGCAAAGCGAAAGGGUUUUAAAAGAGAAGGUUGAGUUGGCUUGUUCCAAUUCAUUCGUUCAUUGUACAUUGGAUUGCACAAAAGGUAUUUAAUUAUGUUCAAUACAUUUCAUUGCCAGAAGAGAGAUUAUUUCAUAUCACUGCUGGUUUAUGUACAUACAAUAAUGUGAGUGCGUUCACUGGUUUUUGUUAUUCUUAGCUUAAUUCUCUCAUUGUUGGUCUAGUAAAGUGAAGCCUCAUAUACUGACGAGAGCACAUAAAAAGUCUGUAUGCAUUUUAGUAAGUAAGUGCAAAUCAAGCAGGUAUUUGGCUCGCAUAUGUAGCUGUGUUGCACAAAUCUUAGAGUGAACAUGCUUAAACUGGUACAAAUAUGAGAUUUGUUUAU